AUGCCGGCAUUUAUCCUUCUCUAUGCUUAAGGAACCAAAGAAACUGAAAGCAACAGUGCAAAAACAGAAAUGAGGAAAAACUGGAAGACAUACCGAUUGCAUUGCAUUUCCCCUUCUUCAGUUUCUAACAAUGAGAUCUAAAGCUUCUGAUCAGAAGACAGUUUCUUCCUGCAAUGACUUAAGGUUACAAGAAAGAAAGUGAAUGUGACAUGUGAUCUAACACCAUCGUUUGGAAAGAGGACCUUUUAGGCAAUCUUAACUUGGCAGUGACCCACUUCUUUGUGAUUGUUAUUUCCCAACUUGUGCUUCUAGUCUCAUCUGUCUGGUUUUGUAAGACAUGUAAAACCUGGGAAUUCUUUCUUGACUUGUAAGUGAGCUCCCGAGAAAGAAAAAUCAAAUCCAUCCAUCUGCUUUUUGUGUAUCCGAGUAUAUAAUGUGUGCAGCAUGAUGGAUAAAAAUGAAACUGGAGCAUGUGAAUAAAACCAUGAAAAUGGAGAAGCUUCAUAUAAAUAUGGGAUGGAGAAUCAUUGUCUGCUCAGGUGUUCUCAUGAUUCUGAUGCAAAACAGAGCUCUAGCUGUACCUUGCAGGGAAACUCAAGGCAGGGGCAGCUCAGGGAACGCACAAGAAGAAGAAGAAGAAUGGGAGAUGGUGCAGAGGAAAGGAACGCAGUUCGGCAUAAAUGGGAGACCAUUCUACGUGAAUGGGUUCAAUACUUACUGGUUGAUGAUACUUGCGGCAGAUAAUUCAACGAGAGGGAAAGUGACAGAGCUAUUCCAACAAGCCUCUGCUGCUGGUCUUACGGUUUGCAGGACAUGGGCCUUCAACGACGGCCAGUGGAGAGCUCUCCAGAAAUCCCCUUCUGUCUACGAUGAAGACGUCUUCCAGGCACUGGACUUUGUCGUGAGCGAGGCUAGAAAGCAUAAGAUAAGACUGAUACUGUCACUGGUGAACAAUUGGGAUGCCUUCGGUGGCAAGUCUCAGUACGUGAAAUGGGGCAAUUCCUACGGCCUCAAUCUCACCUCCGCCGAUGACUUCUUCUCUCAUCCCACUCUCAAAUCCUUCUACAAAAACCAUGUCCGGACGGUGUUGAACAGAGUGAACACAUUCACAAACAUAACAUACAAAAACGACCCCACCAUCUUCGCCUGGGAACUCAUGAACGAGCCUCGUUGUCCCUCUGAUCCCUCCGGCGAUACUCUCCAGGUUUUAUUUCUCUCUGUUUUUUCCUUCUCUCUCAAUGCUUUUCUCAACUUCUCAGGUGCCUGUUUUCAGUCUUGGAUUCAAGAAAUGGCAGUGUUCUUGAAGAGCAUUGACGCUAAACACCUCGUGGAGAUCGGACUAGAGGGCUUCUAUGGGCCCUCGGCACCCGACCGUACACGAUUCAACCCCAACACGUACGCCGUUCAAGUCGGAACCGAUUUCAUCAGAAAUCAUCAGGUUCUUGGGAUCGAUUUUGCUUCCGUUCACACAUAUGCAGAUUCCUGGAUUUCACCGGCGAUAUCAGAAUCGCAUCUGGAGUUCACCAGAAGGUGGAUGGAAGGCCAUAUAGAGGACGCGGAGACGUAUCUGGGAAUGCCGGUGGUGUUUGCGGAGUUUGGGGUGUCAUCUAAGGACCCUGGUUUCAACUCAUCCUUCAGGGACACGCUGCUAAACACGGUGUACAAGACCAUACUGAACUCGACCAGGAAAGGAGGGGCAGCAGCUGGCAGUCUCCUCUGGCAGGUCUUCCCUGAGGGGACAGAGUACAUGGACGACGGCUACGCUCUCUACCUCACAAGAGCUCAUUCUGCAUCCAACAUUAUCUCUCUUCACUCCACCCGGCUUGCUAUCUUUAACUCUCUCUGUAACUGGAGGUGCAAAUGGGGAUGCAAGAAACACAAUCAGAAUGCUCUUGAUGCACUCCUCUUCCACGACGAACUUUAGCUUUCUCUACUCUCGAGGGAAUAAUAUGGAUCACGUUGCGUCUCUAUAUAUGAAUGUAUACGGUCUCUUGUCUUCCUCCAAGCAGAACAACUCUCUCUCGUGUCAUUGAGCACGUGGCCAUUCAAAUAUUAUGUAUUUACCACAUGCAGUCAUUUUAUCUAUGAAUUCCAUUUACAUCAA